AUGAAAAUAAUUUUGAUAUUCGUUUUAAUAAUAAAACUUGUCGAUUCCGUUCAAUACAAUCAAUUAUGUACUUUUUCUCUUGGUACUUGCAGUUGGAGUAUUGGCCGACGAUGGCAUAUAACAACCUUAGACAACGGAAACAAAGUUUUAAUUGCUGACGCGGAAAGUAAAGAAGAUAAACGAAUCGGUUUUACGGAUGCUAUUAUGUCGUCGUGGUUACAUUUAUCUCCAUUGUGUUCAUUCGAUAUUCGAUUAACAUUUCAAUAUAGUAUUCAAAACGAGCAUGAUUUUAUUGAAAUUUAUUUAAUUGAAAAAAAUCGAACGCGAUUGACUUCUGUAGGCCAAUGGAAGGGAAUAAUCAAUAAAAAUGACUCAUCAGAAAACAAUGAUCCGAUUUGGCAACAAGGAAAUGUUAUAUUCAAAGCAGCAGAAGAAUUUCGAAUUGAUAUUGAAAUUCGACAUGUACCAAAGAGGAAAAACAAUGCACUCGUUUGGUUUGGUCUUGAUGAUAUUUUUAUUGAAAAUUGUCCUAUUGCCAUUGUAAAUAUGACAAGUAGCACCUUCCAUACAACCGAAAUUCAAACUACAACAUCGAUUACGUCCAGUACUAAACUCUAUUCAAAUGAAAGUAAUUCUACAUUAUUUAAUUUACCUAAUUGGAAAUUGGAUGAUUUAUCCGAUGAAAAUCCACCUUCAUCUCCUGGUCAAACUAUGUUAACAUUAGUUCUUUAUCUAUUAUGUGCUUUAAUAGCAUUGACAUUGUUAAUUAUACUUUUUUCAAUUAUCAUAUUUACAUCUCGAAAACAUUUUUGUCCUUCAUCAUCACUAGCGAUGAAUCAUCAAUAUCAAUUCGGUAAAAAUAAAGUACACAAUCGUAUUGGUAUACAAAUUGAAAAUGCCGAUCGGGAUAAUAAAACUCCAAAAACAACAAAUACGACUGUUCGAUCAUGUUUUGAAUAA